AUAUCAUCUGAAAAUGAGAAUUAUAAUUCUUCUUGGGCUCCUAGGAGCCACAUUGUCAGCUCCACUUAUUCCACAGCGCCUCAUGUCUGCAAGCAACAGCAAUGAGUUACUUCUGAAUCUUAAUAAUGGCCAACUUUUGUCACUACAACUUCAGGGCCCAUUUAAUUCGUGGAUUCCACCUUUCUCUGGGAUUCUUCAGCAGCAGCAGAAGGCUCAAAUUCCAGGACUCUCCCUGCUAUCCUUAUCAACCACAGACCGGUUUGCUGGACUGCUCCCAAAUCAAAUAUCUUUCCCAGGACAGGCCAGUUUUGGCCAAGGAGCCCAGGCAGGCCAAUUGUACCCCUCACAGCCUCAAACACCACUGCAGACACAACAAAACCCUGAUCACGUGAUGCCUUAUGUAUUCUCCUUCCAAAUGCCUCAAGAUCAAACACAGAUGCUUCAAUACUAUCCAGUUUACAUGUUCCUACCCUGGGAACAACCUCAGCAAACAGUCGCACAGUCACCUCAACAAACAGGACAGCAGCAAUUUGAGAAGCAGAUACCAUUCUAUACUCAAUUUGGAUACAUUCCACAACAAGUAGAACCUGCUAUUCCAGGAGGACAGCAGCAACUAGCUUUUGAUCCUCUCUUAGGCACAGCCCUCGAAACUGCAGUGAUGCCAUCAGGAGGAGUGAUACCAUACUUACAAAACGAAGUAAUAAACUUUAGGCAAGACAAGGCAGGAGUUAUUAUGCCUUCAACUUCACCAAAACCCAGCACAACCAAUUUUUUUACUUCUGCUAUAAACCCAGCUAUUACCCCAGAGCUUCUGGAAGAGAAGGCCAAGACUGAUAGCCUAAAAGAACCGUAAGGAGUUGUCUUAACCAUUCAGAGCUUUUGAAAAAGAGAUGUGGUGGUCCCUUGGAUAUCAUUUUAGGCUAUUUGCUUCCUCAAUGCUAAUAUCAGUUCUUUGGAAUAUACAAAAUAUCUUGACUUUUCUCUUGAAUUUGUUUUUACUUAUAAAUGGUAUUCUGUUCUAUAACUGUGUAAUAGAAAAAUAAUACAAUCAUGUAAUGAGUCUUAUUUUUACAAAAUGAUUUUCUUUUCAAAU